GCAUUUAUAUUAGAAUAGACCGUAGUCUUAUACAACUAACAUGGCGAAAAUAAGUGUAUUAAUCGUAUUACUAACGUUCAUAUUAUCAUUAAUAGCUUCUACUAAAAGUAAAUAUUGCAAACAUGACGAUAGUGCUAUGAAGCGGUUCAUAGACAGGAACACUGCUAUUACUGGAACAUAUUUAUAUGAACGUCUCGUCAAAUUUCCCAAGCAAUCGUAUAGUAUUGUGACAUUACCAGUAUAUUGUAUAGUCGCGCACCUGGCUUACCACGCCAAGGGCGAUGACUAUGAAAAAUUACUGGAAUUCAUGAAUUUAAGGGAUGAACAUGAGAUGAGGGAGGUGCUCUCAGCUGCGGUGUCGCAAAUUAAUUAUAAAUCAGACACUUCCUCCAAAUUGACUUUUAAAGUAUAUGGAGACCAUAAUCAAGAGUUUACGCGAAGUUACAAAAAUGACUUCAUCGACAUAUGCCAAGGGCAGACCGGAUAUCUAGAUUAUAACUGUCCUGAGCAAGCACUUAAAAAAGUUAACGAAUGGUUUGAACAUCAGUCGACAAAAUACAAUUCUGUUCCGACAACUUCUAAUGAAAUGUUCGACAGACAUGAUAAAAAUGCCGUAUAUUACGCGACAUACAUGGAUUUUAUUGCCAGCUUUGAUGACGAAGCCAACCCAAAUGCUAUUAUAGACAUCGAUUUUGAAGUAGGACAUAAUAAAACACUUAAAUUUCCAUCGUUGUAUGGCAACGGAUAUUUUAAAUAUGCCAAGUUACCUGACCUUGAUGCCGAAGUAAUACAAAUGAGAUUGAAAGGAGGAAAACAUUUUGCAGUUUUCUAUUAUCCUUGCAAUGUCCAUAAUUUAGAACAUCUGAUGAAGAAACUUCAAGAUCCCGAAGUAUUUUAUGGUGGACUUGAAAGGGCUGAAUGGCAAUGCCUUAAGAUACAUAUAACAAUAGGACAUGCUGAAGUGUCCAACGACUUAUUUGAAUUUGUGCCAGAAUUAUGUCUCAACUCAACAAGAUUUGAUAGAGUAUUUAAAAGUGGCCACCCAGCGCAUGUUAACUAUGGUUUCCAGGCAUUAAAUCUCUACGGAGACAGAGAAGUGAGGAAAGGUCAACUGAAUUCAAAAUGGUGUCCCAGUAAAAAUCUACCAUUUGUGAAAAUGAAUCACGCAUGCGCCUACUACGUUAUAGAUUCAAACGGAAUGAACGUCUACGCCGGAGUAAUCCACGGACCUCAGAAUUAUAGUACAUAGUGCUCUAUUAUGGAUAUUAUAAAGUUCUUUUUUGUUUUGACAUUAAUUGUUAAUUAUUUUCAUGGGUGUUAGCAGUGGGUUAGUAUACAAAUACGGUGAUAGUUUUAUUAUUAGUAUUGUUGAGUGUUAUUUUUUUUUUGUUAUUUUGUAUUAGGUAAAAAUUUUGUUAUUAUUUUUUUGACAUAAUGUCUUAUAUGUGUAUUUUUAUGGAUAAAACAUUUAUUUGUGGCGAGAAAUUACAAAAUUAUUUAUUUAAAGUUUUAAUAAAAUUAGGUAAACCAUAUGAAAGCUUAUAUUAUUGUAAUCUUUUGAAUAGCUGAUGAUACUAGCAUGUCAUCUUAGGCGUAGCCUAAACGUUGUUUUUUGCACCAACCAUGCUCUAAUCUGGGAUAACAAGCUGAUUAUGAUCUGAAUACAUUUACUGUUAACCUCACAAGUUUUCUUCUUUGUUAAUCCAAAUCGGUAGUUUCCUCAAUAAUGCUGAAAUCAAAACAUAUCAAAACAGUAAUUAAUAAUUAUAGUAAUGAACAACAUUACUUAAUUGGGUUUGUUUUGUAACGAACCAAAUUCCUUUUUAUUUCGAUACUUAACCAUUAUUUUUGAUUCCUUCUGUUCAGAUAAAUAUAUUAACUAAAACGUC